AUGGAAGGUGGCUUCAACAAGGCCGGCUCACCGGAGGCGUCCGGCGAGGGCUCGAGGCGGGCGCCGGCGGCCGCCUACUACGAGUGCUCCUUCUGCAAGAGGGGGUUCACCAACGCGCAGGCGCUCGGCGGCCACAUGAACAUCCACCGCAAGGACCGCGGCGGCAAGUCCGGGGCCGCGCCACCGCAGCAGGACGACGCCGGUGGCUCCCGGACCUACGGCGGCGACGUGCACCUGGGUCUCUCCCUGGGGAGGAAGGAGGAUGUUGAUCUGGAGCUCAGGCUUGGAGGCUAUCCUUAUAACUAAUAGCAGACCUCAUAAUUUGCUAAAGUAGUGGAGCUGCUAUGUGCUGAUUAAUAUAGGUACGAAGCUAAGUCAGCAUGCUACUUGUU